UUGAGGCGCCAUCUAUCGACAACAAAGGGGUAAAAAGGAAAAAGCAAGGAUACUGGAGGACUUUUCGUGGUUAGAGUAGUGUUAGAAGAUGAUGUCGAGUUGUACAUCAGUGAGGACGGACGACGUUGACGUGUCGUGGUACGCCUCCAUUGUACAUAACUGUAUUCAGGAGGACAAACUUAAUAAACUAAAGGCAACUAUCCGUAAAUUCAACAAAGACCAGCGAAGAAGGAUAGUCUCCCAUAAAAUCAUGGGUAAUGCCCCUUUGUUUACUGCCUGUCUGAAAGGACUUGUUCAUAUAGUUAAUUAUCUCUUAGAUGAAUGCCAUGCUGACAUAGAGCAGCGUGGGAUAUAUGAAGUAGAGACGGACCAUUCCCGCCACGUCGUUACUCCACUCUGGUGUUCAGCCGUCGCUAACCAUCUCGAGGUUGUCAAGACAUUAGUGCUCCAUAAUGCAGAAAUCAACAGCCCCUCGGAUACCCAGUCUACCCCUGUCAGAUCGGCCUGUUACAUGACUAACAUUUCCAUCGUCAAAUUCCUUGUGGAUCAUGGUGCUGACCUUCACAAACCAAAUGUCAAUGGAGGAACAUGUUUAAUUAACUCCGUUCAAGACCCAUUUCUGUGUGAAUAUCUAAUCAAGAAAGGUGCUGAUGUGAAUGCUCGUGAUAACUCUGGUAACCUGGCUCUACAUUAUGCUAUAAGGGAAGACCAGCUGGAAACAGUGAAGCUUUUGCUGAAGUAUGGAUCGGACUAUAAGGCAAAGAAUGUGUUUGGAGAUGAUGCCUUGCAAACAGCAGCACUAAGGGGAUACACGAAUAUAGUGAGGUACAUAUUGGACAAUACAGAGCAGACCCCUAGGGACGCUAUCCACUCACUGGAACUUCUAGGAGCAAAUCUUGUGGAUGAGAUUCAUGAUAUUUCUGGAGCCAUUGAGAUAUGGAAGAAGGCCAUGACUUUGAGAUUUCUAGAUCCACAGAAUAUCAUCAUCAAGGAUAUCCCAGCCAGCACCAUCUAUGCAUAUCAGCAUGCCAGAGAACCUCAAACCUUGCAGGAAUUAGAAAAAAUAACCGAGGCAGAUGAUGUUUACAUGCAGGCUUUGUUGAUAAGAGAGCGGAUUCUAGGACCAAACCACAAGGACACCACAUUUGGAUUGAUGUACCGAGGAGCAGUGUACGCCGACAGCCAUCGGUAUCAGCGCUGUGUUGAUCUCUGGAUGUAUGCCUAUAUGUUGAGGCAUAGUAAAGGAGACCCUCUUAAACAGGAGUGUUUGUUUACAGUUCAAGCCUUGGUAAAACUCUUCUGGGAAAUGCAAGUAGAAUUAGAGUCCAAUGCAACAGAGGAAAAGGUAAGAUUCUCCGAUGCUUUGGAUGUGUUUGCCAAACUGACUGAGCAGAUAAUAGAUGGACAGCAAGCAAUGGCCAUCCAGAAGGGGAACCAGUUUAAUGGAGAGUGCCACCUAGUGGAGGAUUUUCAGCUCCUGCUGCAGUUGUCUCUCCAUAUGAUUCACCUGAUCUCCCAGCUACCUCAGUCAGACGAGGAGAGUUUUAACUUCAAGAGGAUUGUACACCAGCUAGUGUCUGCUAACCCCCGGGGUCAGGAGGGGGAGAGUCUGCUUCAUCUGUCUGUAGAUCCAAAAAUUUCCCUGACCAGUGAAGAGUUUUUCUCCCCCUUUCCUUCUCUCGCUGUGGUACAGAUACUGAUAGACUGUGGGGCUGAUAUCAAUGCAGUGGAUCACAAACGUAACACUGCCCUACAUAACAGCAUCAGGUUCCUGACCUACUCUGAGCUCCAGAACGAAGGCAUUCUGGCCUGUCUCCUGGGAAACGGGGCCCAUGUGGAUGUUUAUAACGGUGAGGGGCAGAGUGCCCUGACGUUGAUACAGACUGCAGGGUUGCCUGUCUUUCCUCUCCAGUACAGAAGUCUGCAGUGCCUGGCAUCGGAGGUCAUUAUGAAAAACAACAUACCAUUCCAAACUGAGGUUCCAACUUCUUUGAUUCCAUUUAUUCAGAUGCAUGGCCACAAUGUGUUUAUGGACCAGUGAACAAUGGGGUUUUGUAGGCUGAGAAAUUUGCUUAUUUUCCAUGUUGAUAACUUAUUAAAUUUCACAAAGAUAGAGUACUGUAUACAGGGUUAUUUUCGCCCCAUGUUAUUUUUCGCCCUUUUGCACUUGGGAGCAAUUUUACACUGAUUUAAAUUCUCCUAGUCAUAGUUCUGUUUAAGAAAUUAUGCUGUGUUCUUUGAAUUCCCCUGUUUUAAAUUUGCCCAAUCAUGAAGAGGGUGAAAGGGGCAAAAAUAAAACAAUGGCGAAAAUUUCCCUAUUUACAUUAUUUAUUUGUAUGCAGGUACAUUAGGUACUUGUACUACAAUACAAUGUAUGUUAAUAAUUUAUGUGAUGGGGUAUCAUCAUGCUCAUUUUUAGCUCACCUGAGCCGAAGGCUCAAGUUAGCUUUUCUGAUCAAAAUUUGUCCGUUGUCUGUCGUUGUCGUAGUCGUUGUCGUAGUCGUCGUCGUCGUUGUCGUCGUAAACUUUUCACAUUUUCAUCUUCCUCUCAAGAACCACUGGGCCAAUUUUAACCAAACUUGGCACAAAGUAUCCUUGGGUGAAGGGGAAUCAAGUUUGUUCAAAUGAAGGGCCACGCCCUUUUCCAAGGGGAGAUAAUUACCCGGUAUGAAUUAGAGAAAAAUUAAUGGCAUUUUUAAAAAAUCUUCUUCUCCAGAACCACUGGGCCAGGAAAGGUGAAACUCAUGUGGAAUCAUCCUCAGGUAGUGUAGAUUCAAGUUUGUUCAAAUCAUGAUCCCCGGGGCAAGGGUGGGGCCAAAAUGGCCGACCCAAGUUUUACAUAGGAAUAUAUAGGAAAAAUCUUUAAAAAUCUUCUUCUCCAGAACCACUGGGCCAGGAAAGAUGAAACUCAUGUGGAAUCAUCCUCAGGUAAUGUAGAUUCAAGUUUGUUCAAAUGAUGACCCCCGGGGCAAGGUGGGGCCAAAAUGGCAGACCCAAGUUUUACAUAGGAAUAUAUAGGAAAAAAUCUUGAAAAAUCUUCCUCUCCAGAACCACUGGGCCAGGAAAGAUGAAACUCAUGUGGAAUCAUCCUCAGGUAGUGUAGAUUCAAGUUUGUUCAAAUGAUGACCCCUGGGGCUAGGUUGGGGCCAAAAUGGCCCACCCAAGUUUUACAUAAGGAUAUAUAGGGAAACCUUUUAAAAUCUUCUUUUCAAGUACUUCAAAACUAUGAUUAGUGUUAUUUAUAUGGAAUCAUCCUCAGGUAGUGU